AUGUUCCCUGGGGUGCGCGACUAUCGAAUUGCCUGGGUUCUUCCUUCCUCCGACCAACAAGCGGUGGCUCGGGACUACUUUGAUCAUGAUAUCGUCAGCUGCUAUUCCUCCACUUGCCGUGUCACGUACACAUUUGGCAGGGUUGAGCAACACAAGGUGGUAAUGGCAAGCCCGGCUUCAAAUGCUGAGAAUCAGAGCACCGACUACAUCAUUGAAGACCUGUUGCGCCAUGUCCCUUCCAUCCGAGCGGGAUUCCUGGUCAGCAGCGAUGCUGUCGCACCAAGGGCGGGCAUUGCUCGUGUGGGCGAUGUUGUUGUUGGCGGUACAUCACCAAACAUGGAGCGGGGUGUCAUUUAUCUCGAUGCUGAGAAGGCAGGAAAAGAAAAACGUAUUCGCAUCAUUGGUGCGUCACAAACUUUACCAGCUACUGUGGUAAAGGCUGUCCGGGAGGCCAUGAACCCCGAAGGCCGUAAGGAUUGGGAAAAGCGGCUGGGCCAGGACAGAUUCACACUCGUAAUGAGAUCUGUUGUAAGUAGCAACAAUGGAUUUCAGCCAGACUUCGUCAAGCACCUACGUCAAGCUUUGAUAGGUGUCAUUGCGAGUUCAAAACAGGGCAUUGAGGACACAACGCUGCUGGAGAACAUUGUUGCGGAAAGAGACAUCAUCUGUUUCGAAACACAGGCAGCAACAAUGUGUUCCUAUCCAUUUCUGGUUGUAACUGGCAUUUCCAAAUACUGCGAUAAUGUUUAA